GAACACCGCGACAUGACAACCGGACCCCGACGCGUCCGCAGCUCCGGUGACGGGACAAAGAGGACCGGGACCCGGAGCUCAGACGCGGGGCUUUAAGAGCCGAGCGGCUCAGUGCAGCGGAGCCGGGCUGCGGUGGACUCCUGGCGGCUGCAGCUCCACCUGCGUCCCGCUGAUCUGAGACAUGUACCAGGUCCAGGGCAAAGGUGAAAGGGUCGUUGCCAUGGUGCUGAAGGAGCUUCCUGGUAAAAAGGCCUCCUCUGAAGGAAACCCCCUCCUCACCGUGACAACCAAGCUGGUCAGCGAGCAGCAGGAGAGUCGCCCCCUGCUGAGUCCUUCCAUCGAUGACUUCCUGUCAGAGAGCCGUAGCGACACCGCCUCCUCCCGACCCCUCACCACCAACACAGCAGUUCUGUCCACAGCUCUGGACCUCGUGGACCUCAGCGAGCCGGGGGAGGUCAGUGGGGGGAGGAAGAGGAGUCCUCUGAGGAGGAAGGGCAGCUCGAUGAGUCCUCGACGCCGAGCAUGUCCUGAGGAGACAGAGCUGAUCCAGGUGGAGGUGGAUCACCUGCCCGUCCGACACACAACACCUGAGCGGAUGUCACUGGACUCAGUCAGUCUGUCGUCUCCUCUGGACAAAUGGAAUGAGGUGAAUCUGGACGUGGAGGACGGAGGACAUAGGAGGACACAUGAGAAUAGAUGCACCUCCCAUCACUCCUCCAGUGAACUGCUGUGGUCGGCAGAGUUCAAGACUGAUCCAGGGACGAAGAGCGUCCACAGCUUCACCUCGUCACCACAGGACUGUGGGGCGUCCAGACAGCGAAGACGAACUCGUUGCGUUCUGAACAGAAACGAGUCUCAGGAGGACGAGUUUGUCAGAGCUAAGGCUGCUGUCGAAUCGGACACUGAGUUCUGGGAUAAGAUGCAGGCAGAGUGGGAGGAACUCGCUCGGAGAAACUGGCUGGAGGACUCCGAGGAUCAGCGGCCGAUCCCGCCCACCGUCUCACCUGUGGAGAAGGGUUACUACUUCAACGCUAACAACCCGUACAGAGAGUGGCCCAACGCCUUUGCCGAGGGUCAGGAGAAAGCUCGGGACGGAGACCUGAAUGCCGCUGUCCUGCUGCUGGAGUCCGCCAUUUUACAGGACCCGCUGGACUCUGAGGCGUGGCAGCUUCUGGGAACGACUCAGGCUGAGAACGAGAACGAACAGGCCGCCAUCGUGUCCCUGCAGAGGUGUCUGGAGCUCCACCCAAACAACCUCCUGGCUCUCAUGGCGCUUGCCGUCAGCUUCACCAACAGCAGCAUGCAGCGAGAGGCGUGUGACGCCCUGCGCCGCUGGAUCAGUAACAACCCACGAUACAAACACCUGGUCCUGGAGCACAGGAGCCCGCUACAGGGUUCACCGGCCACGCCACGCAGGGGCCCCCACACCUUCACACCGGCCAGGUUUGAGCUGCAGAGUGUGUUGCUCCUCUUCCAGGAUGCGGUUCUGUUAAAUCUGGACUCUGUGGAUCCAGAUCUUCAGACUGGACUCGGUGUUCUCUUUAAUCUCAGCUCCGACUUUAACAAAGCAGUGGAGGCUUUUACUGCAGCGCUGUCCGUCAGACCACAGGACUACCUGCUGUGGAACCGUCUCGGGGCGACGCUGGCGAACGGGAACCGCAGCGAGGAGGCGGUGGAGGCGUACACCCGCGCUCUGGAGCUGCAGCCGGGAUUCAUCCGCUCUAGAUACAACCUGGGAAUCACAUGCAUCAACCUGGGAGCUCACAGGGAGGCGGUUAGUAACUUCCUGACAGCUCUGAACCAGCAGAGGCGGAGUCAGCGCUGCAGCCACCAGCAGAUGUCGGCCAACAUCUGGGCGGCGCUGCGUAUCGCCAUCUCCAUGAUGGACCAACCAGAGCUGUUCCAGGCUGCCAACGUCGGGGACCUGGACCUUCUGAUGAGGGCCUUUGACGUGGGCGACGUCUGACGGAGGUGCUAGAACAGAUUGGUUCCAAACCAAAGAGACAACAGCUGCAGCUCCUUUAAAUUAAAAGAGCACAACCUUUUAGCUUCCUGUUUAUAAGAGUGUUUUAAAGGCAUCGUUCUCUGUAAAGUCCCUCAUUCUUCAUUACGAUGGAGGGUGGGUGAGGUGUUUGAUUCCAUAAAAGUUUGAGCUUCAGGGGUAAACGCUGUUUUAGCCUCCACGACCUUCAGACGUAAUAAAACAAGAGAAAAAACAUUACAAGCCUCCAUACUGCUUGUGUGGUGUCAUCCAGGUGUCCACAAGCCCCGACAUUCAAAUUCAACUAAAAACCACGUCAUUUAUACGUAUUUACGAGUUCUAUUUACUCAACCAGCAAUGGCGAUGCCAGAGGAUGUAGCCUCAGGAUGGUGUUUCUGUGAGGACAUGAAGACUCGUAGGACGCUAUCAGAGACUUUUAGGCUUAAAACUUGGUGUAAAUGACGUCGUUUCCUGUUGAAUCUGAAUGUCGGGGCUUGCAGACACUUGAUGACGUCACAGGAGCAGGAUGGAGGCGUGUUGUGUUACUUUCCCUCCAUAGAUGCUGAAUGCACUCAUUGUAAUUUAAGUCGCUUUGGAUAAAAGUGUCAGCUAAAUGUAAUCAUAGUGGUGAGGAGAUAAUGAGGGAAUUUUCAUUUUUGGGUGAACUAUCCCUUAAAGCCAUUGAACUGUAAAACUUUACUGCAGUUGUAGCCACGCCCAGUAGUGAUGUCACAGUGUACCUACAUACCCGGAGUACACGCCUACAUCACUGUGAUGAGUCAGAUCAGGUCAGAGGUCGUUUUUUUUUAUGAGAUUUUAUUUUGAAACUGGAGUUUGUGUGUGUCGAGCAUGUGUCGAUCUGCAGGAGGUGUUGAUAAAGCUGAAUUUUUUUGUUACAAUGAGCUCAGUGAUUUAAUUUAA